GUCUGCGACGUCCCCGGGACUUUCAGGGGACCCAUACAAAAAAACGUCAUGGGGACGUUCCCUUGCGACAUCCUGAUAACAUUCGGGGACGUUCAGGGGACGUCCUGGGGACGUCAUUUUGUUAGCUGGGUAAACACAGAUAUAGCAAUACAACCAACACAUAAAACAAGCAUAUUAAAAGCAAUUAAAACAGAGUGCACAACUUUCCUAGUAAGAAGGCUAGAUAUUUUUCAAGCCUUACGCAUUCAGUCGGUCGGCAAUUGUCUGCCAGGCUUUUCUCUCUGUUUAAUAACAACAGCCGUAUUUCUGUUUUUACAUAUUAUAUGCUUCACUAUGCUUCAAUUUCCGUAAUUAGUUGCUGCUUAGCGGGUGAAAAUAACGCGUAUUCUCCGUGAUAAGGUGCGUAAGGUGCACUUGUCCCAACUAUGUAGCCUACAUCUGCAUUGACAUUGCUUCACCUUCUCAUCCUGGUUUGGCAAACGUGCAACCGAAUAAGCCGUGAUGAGCGGAUCACACUAAGUCCAGCUGCGCUUUUUCAGUUAUCCUGGAUUUCUUUAUUCCAGUGGUUCUCAACCGGGGGUACGCGUACCCCUGGGCAGGCCCGAAACGGAAACGCAUGAGGCCCUUUUUACAGGUUUGAAUACACAUGUGCGCGUCUUUUUGCAAAUCAGUGUACAAAGUCUUUUACCACACUCUUUACAUCUAAACUGAGCGCACGUUCGUUUUCUAUGCUAAGGAUGGCCAGACCUGACAGCCUCUCCUGUGACAUGGAGUUUCUGAGAUAUGUUUUGAUCACUUUCAGCUUGGAAAAUGACCUUUCAGCGCUUGCGACAGUAAUGGGUAUUGUCAGAAAUAAUUUGAUGGCCGUGGCUACAUCAGGCACACUUGAUAGUAUGGAGUUGUGUUUUAUUAUUAGCGUGUUCGCUAAAUCAUAAAUUGAGCCACUUUUUAUUUCCCUGAUGGCGAACUCUAACGCGUGUCUUAAGGCGAGCACCUGGGGCCUCAUUUAUAAAGCUUGCGUACGCCCAGAAGAGGGCGCACGCCAAUUUCUAAGCAAAUAUUGGGAUUUAUAAAAACCAAACUUGACGGGAAGAGUGCGGUCCUCCACGCAAGCUCUGACCCAUGCGUACGCACAGAAAGUGGAGAAAGGAAAAACGGCGACGCCGUUGGCAGAAGAAUGAAACGCGGAAACAUUUUGAAACUGAGACCAAUGUGUAAAAUAAAUCAAAUUAUUGCCUCUGAUUAGGCCUAAUCAUAUUAAGAAUUCUCAAAAGCCAUUCUUACAAUUAAUACACAAACACCUGUUUCAUAGAUUCUCUAUGCAGUGCGGGGGGAAAAUAAAGAAAACUAGUAGUCUAUCAUAAAUUCAUAUAAAUAUAUAUUUGCAAAUAAAACCAUGUUCUGUAAUUAUUAAACAAAAUGUGCAUGUUAUGGAAUUUAUUCUCAUAAAUAAUAAGGCGAUAAGGACAAGUUUACACGGAUGCUUUUUCUCGAGGCUUCCGUCUGGCGAUAGGAGCACAUAGCGCUUAUCGUUUGUUUUAAAUGUCUGUUUUUUGUAGCCUAAAUCGUGUUCAAAUCAGGGAGUUGAAUUAUGAUUAUACAUGCUUGUUGUGCAACACCAUUUGUUGUUUCCAUAAUUUACGAAUUAGAUGAACUCCCACACCUGUAGCAUGUUAGGUUCAAUCAAAUGGAUGGGUAUAAAAAGGCAUGCCAGCACAAUGCGUAAUGACGCAAAAUGGCUGAAUUGGCUUUUUUUGAAGACGUUGCUCGACAGAGAAUAAGGAGGGAGAGAAUUUUUAGAGAGCACACACACUUGCUGGCUAAUGGGGACGAGUGGCUGAUAAGCAGAUUCAGACUGCCGCGCGCUGUCCUGCUCGAGCUGUGCGCGGUGUUGGGCCCAGCUUUGGCGAGGAACACCCGGCGCAAUAACGCAGUGCCAGUCCCACUUCAAGUUCUGACCACACUGGGUUUUCUGGCAACCGGCACUUUUCAGAGGGAGUUGGCUGACAGGUCGGGGAUAUCUCAGCCAACCCUCAGCCGUGUUAUGCCAGACGUGUUAGGAGGAAUUGUAAGUUUGACACAUCUUUACAUCAAGUUUCCUUACACGGUGGCUGAACAGGCAAACAAAAAAGCGCAAUUUGCAGCAAUGUCCGGUUUCCCAAAUGUAAUCGGUGCCAUUGACUGCACUCAUGUUGCUAUAAGGGCGCCGAGUAUGAAUGAAAAUGCUUUCGUUAAUCGAAAGCAUUUUCAUUCAAUAAAUGUCCAAGUCAUUUGUGAUGCGGACAUGUUACUCGUAAAUGUUGUAGCUCGGUGGCCUGGGUCAACCCAUGACUCAUUCAUUCUGAGACAAAGCAGUGUUGGUCGGAGACUUGAGGCUGGGGCUGUGCGUGAUGGCUGGAUUCUGGGGGACAGUGGGUAUCCACUGAAGCAGUGGCUGCUCACGCCUUUCGCCAACCCCCAGAGCGCGGAGGAAAGGCAGUAUUACAUCAGCCAUACCCAGACACGGUCUGUGGUGGAGCGCACCAUAGGCCUGUUUAAAGGCAGAUGGGGGUGCCUAGACCGCACUGGAGGGAUGCUUUUAUAUAGACCGGAGAAGGUGUGCCAGAUGGUACGUGCAUGUGCUGUGCUACAUAAUAUUGCACAACUGCAAAAUGUGCCUCUACCCCCUGGAGCGGAAGCUGCAUGUGUUCGACCCGACCCCCAGCCCCAGGCAUUUCAGCCAAACGGUGCGGCUGUGCGCCAGCGUUUGGCUGUGAUGCGGCGGUUGUGAAAACACCAAACAAGUUUCCCUCUGCAUGGCAAGGACUGCGUCGGUGAGGACACGCCCGCUGCUGGAUGGAGAUGGAGACGGAGACGGAGAGGCACGUGGAGGUUCAGCUGCAACACCCUCUCCACUGGAACAUGCAGCAACUAAAAAAAAAGGGAUUUGUGUAAAUAAAGUGUUUUGUACAUACACGAGUGACUUGAAUGCAUUUAUUUUACUCAUUCCAUAAAAGCAAUUGCAAAUAAGCCUACAUACCCAUUUCAUCUGCUGGCACGUCGGUGUCCCCCUCCGCCUCUGUCACCACUCCGCUCAAGAGGGACUUGCCGAUGAUGCCUGCCAGCCUCUCAUCAAGAGGGGUCAGUUCCGGCGUCCCCUUUCCCCCGCCCGUGGCAGACACGCUCUGGCGAUGGUGCGCCAGGCGCUUUUUGGCCUCGACUUUAAUGUCUGACCAUUUUUUUUUCAGUUCGGCCACAGUCCGAUCUUCUGAUGCAGUGGCAUUCACUGCCUCAGCAAGAGUUUGCCACUCCAAAGUUUUUUUUGGCAUUAGUGACUCCCAUACUGUGCCCUCCAAACAAUCUUUUUUCUUUUCUCCACCUCCCCAACCAAAACUUCGAUCUCGCAGUCUAAGAAAUUUCUUUUUUUUGUUUUUUUUCCUGCGCUUGCCAUGUUUCUUUCUCUGCUGGCCCAGAA